AUGACGGCGCUGCCCGGCACCGUGGCUCUGAGGGAGAUCCGCCGUUAUCAGAAAUCUACUGAGCUGCUCAUCCGUAAGCUGCCCUUCCAGCGCCUGGUAAGAGAAAUCGCUCAGGACUUUAAGACCGAUUUGCGCUUCCAGAGCUCGGCUGUCAUGGCACUGCAGGAGGCGAGCGAGGCAUACUUGGUCGGCCUGUUCGAGGACACUAACCUGUGUGCCAUCCACGCCAAGAGAGUGACCAUCAUGCCCAAGGACAUUCAGCUGGCACGCCGUAUUCGCGGAGAGCGCGCUUAAACGCAGAUUCCGUCUAACGCACACAAAGGUUCUUUUAAGAGCCACCUCACUGUCUCACAGAAACGAGCCCGUCUCCAUCCCCUGCACGGAACACCGUUCUGUUUGAGCUCACGGUUCGAGUGGAGUCGGAGCAGUGAAACAGAACAGCUGUUAGGACACAGUGGCCAGAGUUCUAGAACUCCUCGCGGUUUGACUGACAGGUUUUUGUCCUUUUAGAUAUUGUGGUGUCUGAGCGCCGCUUCAGUAAUCAGAAGAGAGAAGCAGAAAGUUUUCUCCGCUGCUUGGAAAUGAGCAAAGCUGUUGGGCUGCUGUUGAGUCGAAACACCCCAGCCGCUGGGUCACACUACAUUUAAAAGCACUGCUUUUUCCCCAAUGAACAGUCUUUGUGCCCGGGAAGACGACGACUGGCAAGGGGGCAGUUUAAAGCUACACAGAUUAAGGGUUGUAAUAUUAUGAUGUGCUUAUACAAACUCUCCCUCCUGUAAAGGCAGCAAAAUUCCAUGGAAAAAUUUAUUCAUUUCAUUUAAUUUAUACUUAAAAUUCCCGUUUACUCAGAAAACAGAAGAAAAUACAAUCAACAUGGACUUCAAACUGCAAAAUAUACAUCAAGUUAAAUGGAACACCAGAACAAGCCAAAGUACUAGUCAUCAGGGAGCUGGAGGAGCUGAGCAAAUAUUAACGAAACGUACAACAACAAGGUAUCCUUAAACUACAGCCAUGACAACUCCUGAUAAUAAACACACAUUAGGACUAUAAAACUUUGUAUAUACAGAACAUAAAAUACAGGACAUAGAACAUGAUAUUGAUCCGGAUAACAACUUACUCAAUGAUAUAGAAAACAGCUGCAGUUAUUACACAGAUGAGCACUACAACGCAACUUUCCAAUCAAAGCAUAACAUAUCAAUCAUCCACUUCAAUAGCAGAAGCCUAUAUGCCAACUUCCACAGUAUUAAAGAAUAUUUGAAACAGUUUAAGAACCCAUUCAACAUCAUAGCAAUUUCAGAGACAUGGAUCAGCACUGACAGACAUGUGGACUUUGAGAUGGAGGGUUAUGAUCUAAAUCAUAUAAGCAGAGUGAAAAAGAGAGGAGGAGGUGUGGCAAUAUAUGUGGACAAAGGAUUGAAGUAUAAGGUGGUGGAGAGUAUGACAGCAGCUGUUGAUAAUCUGGUGAAAUGUAUCACAGUGGAAAUUUGUAUGGAAAAAGUAAAAAAUAUAAUUGUGAGCUGGUUGUACAGAACUCCAGCAUCAAGUAUUGAUAUAUUUGAAAACUGGAUGGAAAACAUGUUUUCUAACUCAGUGCAGAAGACUGUGUUUAUCUGUGGGGAUUAUAAUAUUGAUCUGUUAAAUCCAAAAAAGCAUAAAAUGACAGAAGAUUUCAUAAAUACAAUGUACAGUAUGGGUUUAUACCCAAAAAUCACCAAACCUAGUAGAAUUACUUCUCAUUGUGCCACAUUAAUAGAUAAUAUAUUUACAAACAGUAUGGAAAAUAAUACAGAGAGUGGGCUUUUAUAUAAUGACAUCAGUGACCAUUUGCCUGUAUUUAUUGUCUAUCACUGUAAUUACUGGAAACCUAAGGAUAUGAAUCAGCUGAAAUACAAACGGAUAAGAACCGAAGAAAAUAUAAGGACACUUAAGAGUGAAUUACUUAAACAGAACUGGAGAGUCGUAUAUGAGGAAGAAGAUAUUGACAAAGCAUACAGUGGAUUCCUAAAUAUCUUUAAAACACUAUAUGAUAAAACCUGUCCUGUAAGGAAAUACAAUGAUGGACAAAAACAGGCAAAUGGUCCAUGGAUCACCAAAGGAUUAAAAAAUGCCUGUAAAAAAAAGAACACGCUGUAUAGACAAUUCAUUAAAAAAAAGAACUUUGGAGGCAGAAAUUAAAUAUAAAAAAUACAAGAAUAAAUUAACCAGCAUUAUGAGGACAUGUAAGAAGGAAUAUUAUAAUAAAUUAUUAGAUAGUAAUAAAAAUAACAUGAAGGGGCUAUGGAAUGUACUGAAUAGUAUUAUUAGGAAUGGAGCUAAAAACAAAAACACAAGCUACCCUGAUCAUUAUAUUGAGAAUGACAGAUCAAUAAAUAAUAUGGAGGAAGUGGUAAAUGGUUUUAAUAGGUUCUUUGUAAAUGUGGGAUCAGAUUUGGCAGAAAAGAUUCAGGAUACAGACACACCUGGAGGGGCGGAGGCUGCUCGAUGGGAGAGAAAUCCUAAAUCUAUAUUCCUUGGUGCAGUUGGCAUAAAAGAGGUCAUAGACAUUGUAAGGAGAAGUGAAAGUAAAACCUCCACUGACUGGAAUGAUAUUGAUAUGAGUUUAAUAAAAAAAGUUAUUG